UCAGCAGCCGCAAUCAGCAGCACAGCCGUAUCGGUGGCCGCAAGGGAGAAGAGGAGAAUCUAAUCACGGGAAGACUGGAAGGUGUACCUCUACAUCUGAUCAUCAUAUCUCUUUUUUUUCCUGUCUCUCUCUUGCUUUUUUCCUUUUGAAUGGAAUAGUCUCUUCUCUACACCCGAUCAUCUCUCACAGAAACAGAAGAGGUUUAAAAACAGAAGAGUAACGUUACAAAGAAGGGAGGGACUAAUGGAGGAAUAAAAAUCAGAAGAGAGGAGAAAUUUACCUCUCCCCUAGACUACACUCGAUAAUCUCAAUAUCGCUCUCCUUUGCGCUAUCUCUCUCUGGUCAUGGCUGUGCAGGGGACCAGCCUGCUAGAGAACCCGGUCCAGGCAAUUCUGUACCUUAGAGAACUGACCACUAUAGUUCAGAACCAGCAGAGCCUCAUCCAGACACAGCGCCUGCGCAUUGACGAACUGGACCGGCGCGUGGACGAGCUGCUCGGGGAGAACAGGAAUCUGCGCGAUGCAAGAGUACAACAUCAUUAUCAUCAUCCCCCGGACUCCAACCGGAACCUUCAUCACCGUCAUCCUCAGCACCCACAUCCAGACACACAACCUCAUGACACCGGGUCUCUGCCUGCCCAGCAUCCGCCUGAGAUCCACCCGGACCAAGAAAAGUCGCCUCCUCAACCCGCUAAUCCGGAGGACAUGCAGUUGGUACCGGCCCAGCAGCAGUCACCGAGCCCUCCGCCAAGCGAGGCCGGCCCGGGCAUGGGGGAGGACGGCAGGACCAGCCCGGGCUGCCGCGCACUGAAUCCCCUAGCUCCCCCCACUCCUACCACUCUCUGCCGCUCGCUGGCUCUCGCCAAUCAAUCAGAGAGUCAGACAAUACUACAUCAGUUCUGCUGUCCUGCCCCAGAGGCUGCUCCCACUGGCUCCUCCAGUGAUCGGCAGCUGCUGAGUCUGGAGGGCGGGAAUUCCUCCAGCGGACAGGAAGGAGAGGGGUCGGGGGGUGUGGCUCGGAGAGAAGGACCCAGCGACUACGAACUUGCCCUGGAGAACAAGACCAAACAGAUAGAGGAGUUGGAACAGAGGUACGCUGGUCACCUGGUGUCGCGGCGCGCUGCGUGUUGUAUUCAGAUGGCAUUCCGUCAGUACCAGCUCAGUAAGAACUUCCAGAAGAUCCGGAACUCUCUGUCAGAGAGCAAGUUGCCACGCCGCAUCUCCCUGCGGCGGCCCAACCCCAGCCGGAACCAAAAACCCACCCAGCGACACAGCUUCCUGUUAGAGACCGGGAGACCCCCCCUGCGCCCCAAAACACCCCCACCACCCCCUUCACGCUCCACCUCCCUGCCCCCCUCCCCCGCCACAGUCCCGGGCCCCGGGCCCUCGCUUACACAGCUGGAGGACUGCUUCUCAGAGCAGGUACGCUCACUGGCCCAUUCGAUAGACGAGGCCCUGCGUGGGUGGAGCCUGUCGGAGGGGGUUGAAGGGGGGACAGGGGGGCUGCUGAUGGACCCCAGGGCGUUUCGGAUGGCUGCACAGAGUGCCUGUAUGCCUCGCAGUGCCAGCUCCCUGCUCAUGGCCUUCAGAGACGUCACGGUUCACAUCGACACCAACAACUACACUGUCUCCACGACUACCACCUCCACAACCACUGCUACCCACGGCAACACAGGGGCAGGAGCGGGAGGGAGCAGGCAAGUCUCAGUGGACGGGGGAGAGAGGGCAGGAGGGGUGAGGACUCAAUCAACAACCUCCCAGCUGAGGGGUGAGGAGGAGUUUCCUGCCCCCCCUCCCAGUGAGGAGUUGUUGGAGGGAGGAGGGUCGAGAAGGGGGUCAACUGUGACAGGGCAGGGGGGAGAGAUGGGGGGGCAGAGUGUCUCAGAGAGACUCAGUUCCACCUCCACCUCUACCUCAGCCCAGUAUAACCAGUAUACCACUCAGUCCUCCUAUUCCCAGUACCCCCAGUACUCCACAUACCCCAAGGCUCAUCACCCACAGUCCCAGCCAGGGUCCCAGUCAACCAGGGACCCCACCUCUGAGGCUCUCCAGGCCCUGGUCCUCUCUCUGCCUAGAGACCGCUGCCAGGACCCUACCUCCUGCCGAUCCCCCACACUCUCCACUGACACGCAUCGCAAACGACUCUAUCGCAUUGGACUCAACCUCUUCAACGUGAACCCAGAGCGAGGCAUCCACUUCCUGAUCACGCGUGGUUUUGUCCCAGACACGCCCAUGGGCGUGGCCCACUUCCUGCUACAGAGGAAGGGCCUGAGCCGACAGAUGAUUGGAGAGUUCCUUGGGAACAGUAAGCUGCUCUUCAACAGAGACGUCCUGGACUGUGUGGUGGAUGAGAUGGACUUCUCUGGGAUGGAGCUGGAUGAGGCUCUGAGGAAGUUCCAGUCUCACAUCAGAGUCCAGGGAGAGGCCCAGAAGGUGGAGAGACUCAUUGAAGCUUUCAGUCAGAGGUAUUGUAUGUGUAAUCCCGAGGUGGUGCAGCAGUUCCAUAACCCAGACACCAUUUUCAUCCUGGCCUUUGCUGUGGUCCUCCUCAACACUGAUAUGUAUUCCCCUAACAUCAAACCUCAACGCAAGAUGGGCCUUGACGACUUCAUACGCAACCUACGAGGAGUGGACGACGGAGCAGACAUCCCCAGGGAGAUGGUGACAGGGAUCUAUGAGAGGACCCAGCAGAGGGAGCUACGCUCCAACGAAGACCACGUCACCUACGUCAGCCGUGUGGAACAGUCCAUACUGGGCAUGAAGACUAUCCUGUCUGUCCCCCACCGUAGGCUGGUCUGCUGCUGUCGUUUGUUCGAGGUGGCAGACUUCAACAAACCUCUGAAACAGAAACUGGCCAACACCCAAAGAGAGGUGUUCCUUUUCAACGACCUCAUACUGAUCCUGAAGCUGUGUCCAAAGAAGAAGACUUCUGCUUCCUACACCUUCUGUAAAGCCAUGGGUCUACUGGGCAUGCAGUUUCACCUCUUCAGCAAUGAUUACUAUGCUCAUGGCAUCACCAUGUUGAGUCCGUUCUCUUCAGAGAAGAAGCAGCUGGUGAGUUUCUGCUCCCCCAGCGGAGAGGAGCUCAGGAAUUUCACAGAGGAGCUACGUGAGUCCAUCACUGAGGUCAACGAGAUGGAGCAGAUACACAUCCAAUGGGAGCUGGAGCGAGAACAGGGGGUGCAGACUCACACCCCCCACACCAAUGGAGGACAGAUGGACACACUCAGUCGACACACAGGAUCGCCCACUGCUCAGCAAGAUCUGUAUGACAAGACUGGCAACAACACUGUGGAGGUGUCAAUUCACAAUAGGCUGCUGCAGACCUACCACAUGACCCAGCCCAGCCCUGAUAGGCUGCUCCAGACCUACCAUGUGACCAGUCCUGACUCCACCCAACUGGCUCUGGCAGCACCAGCCAUGCUAAGUGCCACCCACCCCGGAGAGUUCCGCCCAGACACCCUCAUCCAAUGCCAGCAGAUCGUCAAGGUGAUCGUCAUGGACCAGAGCGGCCGUGGGAGAAUGGAAGCUUUCCUCAACCAAGGAAGCCCCGCCUCCCACCACCGCCUCAUCCAAUCAGCGAUGUCCACGCCAGUACGGGUCAGAGAGGGAUCUGAGCCCCCUCUGCCUCCCCCUCCUCCCCCCUACAACCACCCCCACCAGUACUGCCCCCCCGACUCCCCCUGCCCUCUCUCACACACCCUGCCUCACCCCCUCCGCAGACGCAACUCUAGUGGCUCCCGCAGCCUCGUCUGACAUAUCAACCCCUCACCCCUGACCCUACCACACCGUAUCAUGCACCCUCUGACCUUUUGUUAAAUAGCCAUGUACUGUAUUGGUGAAACACACACAACACAAACACUCAUAGACAAAGAUAGAGAAAAGGUGAGACGAGGAAGGGAGGAAGAGAAAGCGGGCGGGAAGGAAGUCGGCUGAGAGAAAGGGAAUAAGCCGAUAAAGCGAGUGGGAGAUAAUGGAGAGGAUUCAAAUCAAUAUAAAAUCAAAGUAAUCUAAUGAUUUCAUGUGUAUUUUUGAAUAGGAUGUCAUUUUGACAACAUUUCUAAACAGAGAUUUUCUAAUCGUACAGCUCUUGUGACACAGUGUCAUCUGUACAUAUCUAUAUCUGUUCCUGACUUUAGAAAGAACGAUUUAGGAUGCCCCCUCUCACCCCCUGAUCCCUGACUCUAACCCUGCCCUUAUGUCACACAGCUGAUGGAACACACAGAUCUCCUCCAUGUGUGGAGCUGUCUGGACAUGGAGACAGGUCACCUCAAUGACAUCAUCAACAUCAUCUAGGGUUUUAGCCCUCCUCUUUAGCACACUAUGUUUUGGUGAUGUGUGGUAAAAUAUGAUAAUGAGAUGCUUAUAAUACUUUUGAUCGUGAAGAAGUGAGUAUGUCAGAGUAGCAGGGAGGGACGAAGUGAGUAUGUCAGAGUAGCAGGGAGGGAAGAAGUGAGUAUGUCAGAGUAGCAGGGAGGGAAGAAGUGAGUAUGUCAGAGUAGCAGGGAGGGAAGAAGUGAGUAUGUCAGAGUAGCAGGGAGGGAAGAAGUGAGUAUGUCAGAGUAGCAGGGAGGGAAGAAGUGAGUAUGUCAGAGUAGCAGGGAGGGAAGAAGUGAGUAUGUCAGAGUAGCAGGGAGGGAAGAAGUGAGUAUGUCAGAGUAGCAGGGAGGGAAGAAGUGAGUAUGUCAGAGUAGCAGGGAGGGAAGAAGUGAGUAUGUCAGAGUAGCAGGGAGGGAAGACUGUUUCUCCUAACUCCUGGCUUAUAGAUGAUUACAAUCUGUAUUUCUAUUCGUAAUGUCUGACUUCUACCCUGAUUAUCAUAUCUGCGUGUGCAUGUGUGUUGAGAGUAUGAGGGUCUGCCAGUGUAUGUGCGUGUGAAAGGGUGUGUCUGUGUGUGCUUCUUUGCAUGUGUGUGCGAAUACCAUUGAUCUAUUCUCUGAGGUUUUGCUACACUGGUCCAAGCCUCACACUCAGGAAUAUACCAGUACUGACGACAAACUGUUCAACAUUCUAACUUAUUGUUUGAUCAGUAAUAACAUGAACAUUGUAUGUUAUUAACUGGUAAUGUUCUAACGUUAUAUCUAAUUUGUCCUGUUGAAUAUUCAAUCUCACUUUCUGAAUCCCUAAAGGGUUAACUAUUACCCAUUCUCACCUGUUCUCCACUGGACUGCAUGUCACAUAGGAAUGUAUAUACACACACAGUACACACACAUGCACACACAGAGUGUUAAACCACAAAAUUACUUAUUAAGUAUGUUUAUCAGAAUAUUGAAUAUGUUUCAUUAUUAUUAUUAUAGAGUGUUGUUACAUCUCUUCCUUCCCUUCCCCUCUCUCUGAGGGCUGUGACAUGUGGUGACCCACUGAGGCUGAUCUUCUUCGUGUUGCACCAUAUUAUUAGAGUAUAUCGGAAUACUGGAUAUGUGCACAGUAUAUAGGUGGUAUAUAUAUAUAUAAAAUGUAAAAGGAAUGGACGGACUGCCGAUGUGUGUAUUUGUACAGAGAGGUGGAAAUCUAUUUGUUUUUCAGAUUAUGGGGGCAACAGCACCCCACUGUUACCACGAGAGACACACACAGAGAUGAUGACACAUUAUCAUAAUUAGAGCUCUGUGUAAAGGGCUAUACUGUAGCUAUGAUCACACUAGCGUUAGCAUUAGCUAGAUGGUUUAGUGGAAAACAAGCAGGAGUCAUAGUAGACAUUUUAGCAUGUUCUAAAGCCCUAACAUAUCACCCUAACCCUGAGUCUGGCUCGCCUGUCCUGCAUCCAUCUUGGAGAUGUCUUACACUGUUGAAGAGAGCACCUGUGCACCGUCACAUUAAGUAUUUACUAAGAUAUCAUGUUUAUAACAAUUACAGUGUUUACUAAUGGAAUAUUUCUAAAGGUUUCUGUUUGAAGAGAAUUACAUAAUAAAGUAGUUUGUACUCUGCCUUGA